AUGGAAGGCGGCAUGACACCGAUGCCUGGUGGCAAUACAGCCCAACCAAAAUCAACAAGUAUGAUCUACAUUUGUGGAGAGUGCCAUUACGAGAAUGAGAUUCGUCCGAAAGAUGCAAUUCGCUGCCGUGAAUGUGGUUAUCGUAUUUUGUACAAGAAGAGAAGUCGCAAGCGUAAGUUACUACUAGUUUUUCAAUUUUUUUGUGGUAAAGUCUUAUGAUU